GACCACAUUACUUUCCCAUCCUAUGAAGAACACACAGGGACAGCCAGUGCUGGCAUAUUUUCAUUCACAACAUCAACACAGAUCUCUCAUUCAGAAAGCAUCAUGGCAUGUAAGGAUCACAUAAACUCGUGUGUAAAGCUUCUGCUGCUGUCGGUGGUGUUGUGCGCGGCACGCGCCUCUGCUGACAGGACUAAAACUCUCGACUUCGAUGUUAAACCUGGAGGAGUUGUGCAGACUUUCUCUGCUAAACUUAAAAAGUAUAAAUGCACCUUCACAUACGCUUGUCAAGGAGGAACCAACGAGCAAUGGCAAAUGAGCGUUGGACUGAGUGACGAUGACCAGAUGUUUUCCUGUUCAGUAUGGAGGCCCCAAGGGAAGUCAUACUUGUUUUUUACCCAGUUCAAAGCUGAGAUAAAAGGAGCCAAGAUUGAGUAUGCCACCGCAUAUUCCCAGACGGCCGUGGGUGGACAGAGGGAUGUUGCUUUGAAGGAAGAAGAGUACAAUGUGUCGGAGUCUUCAGUGACCCACAGAGAAGGGAAAUUCCAUUCUGAGCUUUCCAAGCUCACUGUCAUUGGUCGGACACGCCAUGAUGAACUCUGAUUGGUCGAUCUGAAAGAGGAUUGUCCCAUCACUUGAGGACAUUUAUUUAACAGCUAUGGACACUCUGGCACUUAACUGCUCACUGUCAUAAGUCAAGCGAAGGGACGGGAAGUUAUGAAAGAAAGAACUUCCUGUGAUAGAAAAUUGUACAGAGAUUUUCUCUAGAGGCAUCAUUACAUUAAGAACUGGACUGAUCAUCUAAGGGAGGUAGAUGAAAAGUCUAUUAUCGGACAAUGUACAUACACAUUUAUUCAUAUUUGUGAGGUGAGAUGAAGGCUUCUUCAAAUUAAGUUCAGAGCAGUAGAUUGAUUUCUAUUCCUGGCAGCAUUUAUGGGUUUAGGGUUUCAGCCUGACUUUGACUUCAUACCUGCCAAUCUGAUUAUCAUGAGCGCAUUCAUGCUCAUACUUACUUUCUUAAGCUGGUGUAAUGGCACGCUUGUAGAGAAUUUCCGGUAAAUCUUUGGGGUAUGUCAGAAUCCUUUGAUUAUUUCUGCGGUGAAGGAAAAGACAGAAAAACAGUUACAUGAGUUCCUUUUUUUCCCAGUCGUGCUUUAUUCUGAUAGCUGAAGUACUGGAAUUUUUAAUAAAUCUGUUUUCAAAAA